AUGGUCCUCACGCAGGCCGGCUGGCAGCUGCAGCUGUGGACCUCAGUACAUGUCAGGCCAUUCAGCCUUUUCUUGUCAUACCGGUGGUGGGUGCUGGGACUCUGGAGGGCCACGGAGGCCUGGUGUGCUCUGGUAAAGACCCCCUGUGUCUCUCCACUUUUGUCCCCUCUCCGACCCCAGGAGUGUGCAGCUCUCGCUGCAGAGCUCCACACCUGCAGGGAGCAGCUCGUGCAGAGAGAGGAGGAGAUCGCCAACCUGAAGGCAGAGAGAAACAACACCAGGGUGCUCCUGGAACACUUGGAGUUCCUAAUCUGCAGACACGAGAGAUCUCUCAGGAGAACAUUGGUGAGGCGACAGGCAAAGACUCAGGCCGGUGUGUCCAGUGAGGUGGAGGUGCUCAAGGUCCUCAAGUCCAUAUUGGACAACGACCAAACGGAGGAUGAAACGGUGAGAGAGCAGUUACGCGUGGCACUGGAGGGGUGUAGUUUCGUAGAAGAAGAAUUAGGGGCCACACGCAGAGUUCAGCUCCAGACAUCAUCACAGGAUUUGAUUGGAGGGGGUUUCCUUUUUAUGCAUUGUUUUUAAAACAACAUAUGAAGACUAGCAGUGGGGGCCCUCACAUGUUGCUUCCCUUUCUGAGUUUCCAAGGUGCAGAGCCAGAUGAAAGAGCUCCUGGCUACCCUGUGCACUCUCAUGGCCAAGCUGGAAGAGGACCUAGCCAUAUCAAGGAAAGACCUCAUCCGUUCUGAAGCAAUGAACAGCAUAUUACAAAGAGAUGUCCGUGAAGCCAUGGCCCAGAAGGAAGACAUGCAAGAGAGGAUCACUACCCUUGAGAAGCGCUGCCUCAGGGCACAGCAGGAAGCCACCUCUCUGCAGGACCUCAAGGAUAAACUUGAAAACGAGAUCGCAAAGAAGGACUCUCUGCAUCGACAGACUGCGGAUCAAAACCGCCAGUUGCAAGAGCGCCUGGAGGUGGCGGAGCGGAAGCUGCAGCAGACCCCGAGGAAGGCCAAGUCGCUGCCCGAGGUGGAAGCCGAGCCGGCCCAGAGGGUGGCCACCCUCUGCAAGGUGGGGCCUGCCUUUCCUUCUGGGUCCCAUGGUGGGAAUGAAGCUAAAUUGUUGGAAGUGACUUCCCAGCUUAGGAAGCUAGCCGAGCAGAGGCGUGGCAACAUCGAGGAAAGGCUGCGCCAGAUGGAGGCCCAGCUGGAGGAAAAGAACCAAGAACUGCAGCGGGUAAGGCAGAGAGAAAAAAUGAAUGAAGAGACUAAUAAAUGUCUGUCGGGCACUAUUGACCAGCUCCUUUCCGAAUCUGACGAGCGUCUUCAGCGUCAUCUUAAGGAGAGAAUGGCUGCUGUGGAAGAUAAGAAGUCUCCGUUAGGAGAAGUGGGCAAUUUGAAAAAACAGUUACAAGAAACGCAACGUGAGAAGGAUCGGCUUCUACAGAGCAUGGAAGCACUGAGGGCUGAAUUAAAGCGGGCAAGACUGAGAGGCUCUUCGCUUCACCACGGGCGGACGCACGUCGGCAGCAUCCCAGCUUCCAGGUUCCGUUUGGCGGACAGCCCCACGGAUGCCAGCAGCAGCAGCAGCAGCAGCAGCAGCAGCGCGGUGUUGCAGCGCCGCCGGAAAGGCCGUGUGGCCCGUCUGCGACAUGAGCCUUCCAAGGCAAGGACCUCCAUCCUCUGGGGGCUCUCGUGGGACCCACCUGCCAGCUCCAAUGUCACCUGCCUUUUCCUGUCUGUGAGGCUCUUCUGGAACUAA